AUGUCCACGUGGGUCUUGAGCACACAGAUCUCCGACCCGAUCUGCGGGUGGUGUGAGGGGGGUUUGGGGGAUAAGGUGCAUGGGGGAAUGUGCAUGGGGGAAUGUGCAUGGGGAAUGUGCAUGGGGGAAUGUGCAUGGGGGAAUGUGCAUGGGGGAAUGUGCAUGGGGGAAUGUGCAUGGGGGAAUGUGCAUGGGGGAAUGUGCAUGGGGGAAUGUGCAUGGGGGAAUGUGCAUGGGGGAAUGUGCAUGGGGGAAUGUGCAUGGGGGAAUGUGCAUGGGGGAAUGUGCAUGGGGGAAUGUGCAUGGGGGAAUGUGCAUGGGGGAAUGUGCAUGGGGGAAUGUGCAUGGGGGAAUGUGCAUGGGGGAAUGUGCAUGGGGGAAUGUGCAUGGGGGAAUGUGCAUGGGGGAAUGUGCAUGGGGGAAUGUGCAUGGGGGAAUGUGCAUGGGGGAAUGUGCAUGGGGGAAUGUGCAUGGGGGAAUGUGCAUGGGGGAAUGUGCAUGGGGGAAUGUGCAUGGGGGAAUGUGCAUGGGGGAAUGUGCAUGGGGGAAUGUGCAUGGGGGAAUGUGCAUGGGGGAAUGUGCAUGGGGGAAUGUGCAUGGGGGAAUGUGCAUGGGGGAAUGUGCAUGGGGGAAUGUGCAUGGGGGAAUGUGCAUGGGGGAAUGUGCAUGGGGGAAUGUGCAUGGGGGAAUGUGCAUGGGGGAAUGUGCAUGGGGGAAUGUGCAUGGGGGAAUGUGCAUGGGGGAAUGUGCAUGGGGGAAUGUGCAUGGGGGAAUGUGCAUGGGGGAAUGUGCAUGGGGGAAUGUGCAUGGGGGAAUGUGCAUGGGGGAAUGUGCAUGGGGGAAUGUGCAUGGGGGAAUGUGCAUGGGGGAAUGUGCAUGGGGGAAUGUGCAUGGGGGAAUGUGCAUGGGGGAAUGUGCAUGGGGGAAUGUGCAUGGGGGAAUGUGCAUGGGGGAAUGUGCAUGGGGGAAUGUGCAUGGGGGAAUGUGCAUGGGGGAAUGUGCAUGGGGGAAUGUGCAUGGGGGAAUGUGCAUGGGGGAAUGUGCAUGGGGGAAUGUGCAUGGGGGAAUGUGCAUGGGGGAAUGUGCAUGGGGGAAUGUGCAUGGGGGAAUGUGCAUGGGGGAAUGUGCAUGGGGGAAUGUGCAUGGGGGAAUGUGCAUGGGGGAAUGUGCAUGGGGGAAUGUGCAUGGGGGAAUGUGCAUGGGGGAAUGUGCAUGGGGGAAUGUGCAUGGGGGAAUGUGCAUGGGGGAAUGUGCAUGGGGGAAUGUGCAUGGGAACGUGCAUGGGGGAAUGUGCAUGGGGGAAUGUGCAUGGGGGAAUGUGCAUGGGGGAAUGUGCAUGGGGGAAUGUGCAUGGGGGAAUGUGCAUGGGGGAAUGUGCAUGGGGGAAUGUGCAUGGGGGAAUGUGCAUGGGGGAAUGUGCAUGGGGGAAUGUGCAUGGGGGAAUGUGCAUGGGGGAAUGUGCAUGGGGGAAUGUGCAUGGGGGAAUGUGCAUGGGGGAGGGCGUGCGUGGGGGGGAGGGAAGGGAAGCGAACAGAGGUAAAGGAGGAGGCCAUGUGA